AUAAUCUUCUUGAACAUUGCAUGUGGACGUUUUGGAUUGUGUAUAGUAUUGCUGGUGUCAUUGCAGUGGAAGUUUUAGCUGGUCUUUAUUUGUGUGGUUCACAUAUAUCAUGGGAAAAAACUGGCGGUGCACAAUUAUUUUCAAUACCUAAGUUAGCCUUUCUUCCUCAUGUUCAAAAUGCUGGUAUCUUGAUCCGUAGACCUAUUCCAUGGAAUUACUACCAGAAUGCUGUUACAUCAAGCUAUUCUUUUGCUUGGUGGGACUGGAAAAGAUGGCGAAAGGAAAUUGAUUGGAUGGCUCUCCAAGGCAUUAAUUUGCCACUAGCAUCUACAGGGCAAGAAGCUAUUUGGCAAAAGGUUUUCCAGAAAUUCAAUAUAAGCAGUUCAGAUUUGGAUGACUUCUUUGGUGGUCCUGCAUUUCUUGCCUGGUCACGAAUGGGAAAUUUGCAUGGGAUUUUAAGAUCAUUCUGGUUGCAAAUAUCUGAUCCAAAACCUCAUAGUGUGGACCCUCUUGAUCUGAUGAAUAUACCAGCAUUUGAAAUGCUUUUAGCGGAGGUAUUCUUCUCAUGGGCCUUGUUUCUUAGUCAUGGAGAUGAGAACUUUUGGUUGUGAAGUUACUUUUGUGAUUUCUCAUAUAAUGAAUAACAUUUCAAUCACAGUUGGGGUGGACCACUGCCACAAAGUUGGUUUGUUGAUCAGUUAUCUUUGCAAAAGAAAAUUCUUUCCAGAAUGUAUGAACUUGGAAUGACUCCAGGUGAUCAUUGUAAUUAAUCAGAGAAGCCAUUUCUUUCCUUUUUUUUCUUUCAACUAUUAAACUACUCUUCACUUUUUAGCAUAAACUAAUUAAUUUUGU